AAGUUUGAAAGCAGUAUUUGCAUGGGACAAAACUUGAACUCCCCCAUUAUGAUCAAUGAAGCUGUCAAUGGGAGCGUCCAGUUGCUUGGGUCGCGUUAUCGCUCCUCUGAUGACCGUGAACACUUCCUGGUACAAAGUUGUGUUUGUGUGCACACAAACCAAAGGCAAUUUAGCAUGAAAUCGGAUGGUUAACUCUCGUUAAGGAAUUACAGCUCAACGGACCGGUUUCAUAAACGCACUUCUCUAAACUGGGGGAGCGAGUAGACAAGUUAAAUAACAGAAUUUAUCCCUCAGUUUUGACACUUGUCGAACAUGAUACGAGCAGCAGAACAUCAUCCGUGCAACGGAGCCCUGAAGUCUAAUUUUGAACAGAAACGACUGAAAAAUAACAUUGGUGUGAAAAAUGGACAUCACCGAAAUGAACAGGUGCAGAAAAAUGGCAAAGGGAACGGUUUUCAUCAGCCCCGACCCAGGGGCGAAGAUUCAUUCGAGCAGGCCCCCAUGUAUGUGGCUGUCCUGACCUACAUGGGAUUUGGGAUUGUCACCCUGUUUGGCUAUUUCAGGGACUUCUUAAGAGUUGUUGGCUUAGAGAAGUGCCAUCAGGCCCAAGAGAGAGAAGAGCAAAAGGACUUUGUUCCUCUUUACCAAGAUUUUGAAAACUUUUACACCCGGAACCUGUACAUGAGAGUCAGAGACAACUGGAACCGGCCCAUAUGCAGUUUACCUGGUCCGGUUUUUGACCUCAUUGAAAGGGUCUCUGAUGAUUACAACUGGACUUUCAGGUUAACAGGGAAAACGAUUGAGAAUGUCAUAAACAUGGGCUCCUACAACUAUCUGGGUUUCGCUGAAAACAAUGUCGACUUUCUGAAAACAGUAGCACAGAAGACCAAGCAGUACGGAGUGGGGGUCUGCAGCACAAGACAGGAACUAGGCAACCUCAGCAUCCAUGAGAAACUGGAGCGACUUGUGGCAGAGUUCUUGGGCAUGGAAUCUGCCAUGGCAUUUGGAAUGGGCUUUGCCACCAACUCCAUGAACAUUCCUGCUCUGGUGGGAAAGGGCUGUCUGAUCCUGAGCGAUGAGCUAAAUCACACUUCCCUCAUCCUGGGAGCCAGGUUGUCGGGGGCAACCAUUAGAGUCUUCAAACACAACAACAUGCAGAGUCUAGAAAAGCUGCUGAAGGAGGCGGUUUGCUCGGGGCAGCCUCGUACCCAUCGCUCCUGGAAAAAAAUCCUCAUCGUGGUGGAGGGUAUUUACAGUAUGGAAGGGUCUUUGGUCCGGCUGCUGGAGAUCAUAGCACUAAAGAAAAAGUAUAAGGCUUAUCUGUACCUUGACGAGGCCCACAGCAUUGGGGCGGUGGGGCCCACAGGUCGGGGAGUUACGGAACAUUUUGGGGUGGACCCGAACGACAUUGAUGUUCUAAUGGGUACCUUCACUAAGAGCUUCGGGGCUGCUGGAGGGUACAUCGCUGGUAAAAAGGAGUUGGUGGAUUACUUACGGUGUCACUCUCAUAGUGCGGUCUAUGCUACAGCCAUGUCCCCACCUGUCGUUGAGCAGAUCAUCAGGGCAAUGAAAUGUAUAAUGGGAGUUGAUGGCACGACAGAAGGCCAACGUAGAGUUCGGAAGCUGGCUGAGAACACACGCUACUUCAGAUCUCGACUGCAGGAGAUGGGCUUCAUCAUUUACGGCAACCAGGACUCUCCUGUGAUACCACUCCUGCUCUAUCUACCUGGAAAAGUUGGUGCAUUCUCACGGGCCAUGUUGAAGAGAAAGAUUGGUGUUGUAGUUGUUGGUUUCCCAGCUACACCCAUUACAGAGGCCAGGGCUCGCUUCUGUGUGUCUGCCGCCCACACCAGAAACAUGCUCGACAAGGUUCUCCAGAGCCUUGAUGAACUUGGGGAUGACAUCAGGGUGAAGUUCUCUCGUCACAGACCUUCCAUACGUCCAGAGCUGUACGAUGAAAUGGACUUUGAGCUGGACAGCUGAUUAUUGACGCUCACUGCUGUGAGAGCGAUCGCUUGUCCACCUCGAGAAACUGCGAAGGUUCCCGCAGUGAGAACACCUUGGUAGUCUUACUGUUUCACACAGGACAGUUCUGCUUUACCAAAAAUUUGUUCAGUGUUUGUAAUGAGCUUUUCAAAAUUGUCCUACCAUGUUAAGAAGGACACAUGCAGGACCCUACACUUGUUAUAUGUAUAUAUUUUAUAUUGUAAAAUUGUAUUUAAUUGCUUUUUGUGAAGUUUGUUAAAUUACCUUUCUCAGGGGAUUUUGGGAAAAAGGGAGGGGGCCAUGACGGCUAUGUUUGUAGAACAUACAGUAUAUCAAAAGCUGCUCUAAAUACAUCAAACAAUUAACUCCCUUAACACUGACCUACAUCAAAACUCUAGCGGCGAAUAAGAAAGCCCUUGAUGUGGCCCUAUUUUUUUAUCCUGCUGCUAAGAUGGAUUGAUGAGAGACCAUCAUGUGCUGGAUUAUGGGUUUGUGUGAUCCAAAAGUACAUUGAUUGAACGAGAUUGAACAAGGCUGGGUGUUGCAGACCAACUCGUAGUCAUUAAAAAUUCCUGUAUCACAUCUUGCAGAUCUCAGUCCUUAUAAUUUACACUGACAGGCAUUUAUUUGAAUUUCAUGUGGAGGAAAUUCCUUCUGAUUUUAAAAUAAAUCAAAUUCAUUUAUGAACUUAUUAUAUGUACAUAUAAAGUAAAUGUUUGCUUGGAAAGUUUUAAAGUGUUUCAUGUAAUUGUGUUACCACAUUUCAGACACAGGGCUUUUGCUUAUUUGCAAGGAUAGUAAUUUGUGUGUUCUUUUAAUUAGUGGCGCUUGCAAAGGCAAAGAUUUUCACUUGGCAAAUGAUAAAAUGGGUGGGAAAAUGUAUCCACUGAAGGAGGGAUCCGAGCUAUAUCUAGGGACAAGAAUAUCAUAGAGACUUAUAGUUGGGCUCUUUUGGCUUGUAAGCAACCACUCAGAACACCCUAGCAACCGCUUAAUGCCCUGGCAAUCACCCAAAAUCAUAGCUUCAUGGAACCAACUUUUGCAUGGGUAAACACCACUCACAUUUUCUUCAGAAAAUGUAAAAAGUUAAAAAAAAGAAACAAGUUUGAUCAUAAAAUCUCAGCUCAACAGCUCCUUUACGAUUUUAAACGGUCUGUACUACCACAGUAAAUAAAAAAGCAUAUAUUAAUCUUUGACAUUCAUUUGGUUUUUCAAAUGAAAGGUGGUGUUUGCUCAUGUUUACCAAUCUUCAAACAUCUUUGCUUCGGAUGAGACAAACCUUAACUAUUACAUUUGAAAGAGACCCAAAAGAACAAUUUCCUCCACAGACACUUUUCUGUCUGAUAGCGCUAGAGCUGAACAUGCCAGCUAUGUUGUGCAUGGGCCAAUAUCCACCUUAACCUAGCAAUUAGUGCCGAAAUUCACAUUCCGCAGGUGUGGGGUAACAACUUGAUUAAUGCUGGGAGGAAUCAAGACAGAUAGUAAAUGCUGCAGACAGAUGGUCUCUAGUCUGCACUUGUUUCACCAGUGUAUCAAACAAUGUUUAUGUUAUUUCAAGAAUACCAAAACCAUAGUGAUGAAUAUUUCUUAAGAGGCGAGAUAGUAAGGAGAUGUCUUGGGUCCUAGACUCGUUAGGCUCUGUAUGUUUUUGUUCCAUUUCAAGGAUGCAUUGGGACCAAUUGCAAAGACUUGUGACUUGCAAAGAAAAACAUUCUCAAAUAGAGAAGAGAAACGUGUAGAAUCUCAACGGUAACGUUAUUAUGCUCUGCAUGCAUCUAUUUGUGGAUGUGUGAAGAAACCCUUUCUAGGAACUGUAUUAACGUGAAAUCCAGCAUCUUGUUUACUGUUGGUAGAUCAUCCAUUCUGCCAAAUUAAUGUUAAAUUAUCCAUCCUGACCGACAACGGCACGAAUGUUGGAUCAAUUCUCCCACUAGACCUCUCUCUCCAUCAGAAGAUAUCAGAGUUUUGUCUGAAAUAAAAAUUUAAAAAAAAACACAGUCAAUGUCAACAGCUUAGGUUAACUCUUCUACCAGCCCAAGAGCUAGGCAUAAGGCAGCAGGGGAAUACAGAAGGCAGGAGACAAAGUGAUGGUAAAAAAUUAACAGAAUUUAUUGAUUAAUCUUAGUUGCGUGUUUCUCAGUGACUUCGUCUGACCAGUAAGUGUUGUUAUACCAUGCAAAGACAAAGGAAAAUUACUGCUUAACAACAUCGUCCUGUGACAUUGAAGACUUUGAAAUGGAGACAACUCUAUAUCUUUUAAACUUGUGAAGACAAUAGAGCACACAACAUAAGAUUGAACAGAAAUAAUAAUGCAUAGCAAGAGCAGGAAACAAUAUUAUAAGAAAAGUCACAUUUAAUAUGUAAAAUUAAUGUAAAGAAAUUCGUAAAUGUAUAAGUAAUAUGAAAGAAUUAAAUGGAGUACAACACAGAUUUUUGCUCCCUUGAAGCUGCACUUACACUCAGGUUCAUUUUAAAAACUCAAAUUAGAUCAUUAUAUCCAUCACUGUCAUUAGACUUGUGUCAGGGAGUUUCUACAUUCAGUACAUUUACAUGCGCAGUUAAUUUUUGCAAUUCGCAGAAAUUACAUACAUACGCUUAAAGGUGUAUUCCUGGGUUCAAUACUAGUUAAGUUUAAUCGAUAGCGUUUGUAGCAUAAUCUUGAUUACCACACAAGUUUACUUCGACUUGCCCCUUCUUUUAAAAAAAAAAAGCAAGAAUUGGGGUUACCAAUAGGCACUUACAAGAGGCCAAUUUUUGGAGAGUUUAAAAUUUGUGUAUUAUUUGAGCUGUAAAGUUGUUCAAAUUGUCAUUUGUGCUGGAUUACAGGGUUUAUAGCAAUGCGAUAUCAUAGCAACAAAGUUUUAAAAUUGCAUAUAACUUUACACCGAAAAGGUUAGUAACCAUUUUUAUCACACUAAAAUCAUGUUAGCAACACACAUAUUGUUUACGUCUUGUGGCUAUACUUCUGAAACACUGAGUAUUUUAACGUUCACAAAUUGACCCCAUUCACUUCCAUUGUAAGUGCCUCACUGUAACACAAAUUUUUGCUUUUUGUAAAGAAAAGGGGGGGACAAGUCAAAAUAAAUUUUUGUGAUAAUCAACUUUAUCCCACAAAUGCUGUUAAUUGAGCUUAACUUGUAUUUAACCUGGAAUAUACUGCUCUUUCAGUCACAACAACAUGAAUACUGUCUCCUUAUCCAUCCACAAAUGUCAGUUCCUAGCAUUAGCCAUGAUAUCUCUACCUUGUGGUGCAUUCGACUUUUGGGUUCUAUACACUCUGCACGUCCCCUCUUGUCUUUCGGAGCAUGCAUACAAUGCCAAGGCCAAUUGUGGUCUGAUUAACGUGUAUACAUGCUGGACCGAAGCCCAGCUACAUUCACAUUAUCUAUAUCUAUAUCGGGAUGAUUUCAGACUAAUGCCGUGCCCUUACUACACGAUUUUUGGUCGGAUUAUGCUGUCGCAGACAGAUUUCUAAGGUCUGUGCUCGCUACAGUCAUAGUCAUUAAGUAUGAGCAGUUCCGGGAUAUUAUCUGAGCCAGUUUUGAGCUGUCACAGACACUGCAAUAUUUUCAAGCAUGUUUGAUAUUAUUGCUACAUAAUCUUGUAGUGUUAGCAGCGCAGCAACAACGGUGAACUGCUCCAGCCAAUCACAUCUUAUCAUGCAUCUUUGGACAGGAAUGGAAAGCCACAGAUUUGAUCAUAAUUGGGUUUUAUUGUAAUAAACUAACAAGAAUGAUUUUCUAACAAAUACAUAAAUGCUCUGAGCACUAUACUUGACCAUUUGUGCUGUUUUAUUUACCUCCAACUCUUUUUUU